AUGGAACGUUUUGGCGACAUGGCGCAGUUUGUCCAGGCAUCCGUGCUCCAAAGCAGCGACGGGGCGAGAAGCUUGAGGGCUCAUGUCUUCGAAGAACUGGCCAUUGCCGACACAGUGCUUCAGGCUGGAUUCCUUCGAUGGUUUCAGGAUCAUGAACGUGUCGCCGACGUCGUUUUGCCAGUGCCAGCCGAAGCCGGUGCAGGCUUUCUUCGGCCGCCCUCCGAGCCCAUCCUUCCUGCCUCGCAGAUCGACCUUCCGAAGGAGAGAUUGUGGGAACGACCUUCAGAUCUUCGAGAGAUGCUGUUUGAAGACUGGCUCGUGUGGAUUGACGCUUCUGGCGAAUUGCUGUGCUACUUGCCAACUGUGCAGGAAAGCUAUGACACUGUUGCACAGAUCGCACAGACCUACACUUCCGUGGACAAAGCUACCAAGCAAAAGGUCUUGGAUCCGUUGCUUUUCGAGGACCUUGCCAUCUCCGAAGCUCAUAGGCCCCUCUUCAAGCAGUGGUUUGUGGAAGUCUGCGGAGUGAUGAUCUGA